UUUCCCCUUUUAGAUUUAUAAAUGUGAAGGAGAUAGAAAAAAUGUGGCCACAUGUGCUCCUUAAGUGUAAACAUCCUAAGUCUUAUUCAUUAAAUAAACACGCAUUCUCUGCAAAGCUUCUUUAAACUUGUUGCUGUUUUAAUUAAGAAAUAACAAAAUCACAAUCCUUACAUAGUUGGAGACAAGUUAAUUUACUAAGCCUAUCGCUGUGGGCCUUUAUAACAUAGUAAAGCAGGCUUAGUGUCUGUGUGAGGCCACAUGGAUGAGGCUACUUUGUAGACUACGUUCCGCUCCGAUAGUGAUCAUGUCCUCUGAGGAAGAAAUGCGAAAACACCCACACUUAAAAUAAAUAAAGGCGAGAAUGCUCCGAGAGAUGGCAAAGUAACAAAGGCAACUGUCCCAAGUGCAGAGACCGCGCGCGCUGAACAGAAAGUGAUUUCUCAAACCACUUCAAGGAAAAUCAGAAUGGAGCUAAAAGUGUCACUGGACGGAAUUCCGCGUGUAGUCUGCGGGGUCACAGAGCAAACAACAUGCCAGGAGGUUGUCAUCUCUUUAGCUCAAGCUCUGGGACGCACUGGUCGCUACACACUGAAAGAGAAGUUCAAGGAGUACGAGCGCAAUGUGACACCGGAUGAACGUCUGCUGGAGUCGCUGGGGAAAUACGGCGAGCAGGUGCGCGAGGUUCAACUCACUCUCCACCGCAACGGCCCUCUCUCGGUGAAGAAGCUGGUCCUGGAACCGAUGCAGUCCGACUAAGGGGGGACGCUAUCAGAGUGGGGGGGGCCCAGCUGAGGCUAGCCAACGUACCAGGCCACGACCACCAAGGCAGCGAUGGGAAAACCUGAACCGUCAGAGCCUUCCCGCCUCUGUCCCGCCUGAGGUUUCACUCAGAGGCACACCCGAAGAGCCCAAGAGGCCCAAGAGGAAGUCCCUGACACUGAUGGAGGAAGCCUGGGAAUGGGCUGGAAGAGUGUGGGCCGCAGUGGUAAAAAGCAGCUAGGGCUGAGAGAUAAGGUCAAAGGCAGAGAUGGACAACGGCAGUGGCACAGCGACAGAGGAAACCGACUCUCUCAAAGCAUCUCUGAACCGCCAGGCCAGGUCAUCUCCCCUUUGCCUUUGCCACAUGGGAGGAACAGGAGGGAGAGGGGCAGGCCAAUGAGGUGCCAAA